AUGCUAUUUGCUGAUGAUAGCUAUGUGUACUGCAAAGCUAAUGAGGGUGAAGCUACACAUGUGAUGCACCUUCUCCAAGUUUAUGACCAAGCGUCGGGCCAACAGGUGAAUUACUCUAAGUCCUCAAUUUUUUUUUUCAGUAAGAACUGUUCUGUGGAUACUCGUGCUAGUUUGUGUGAUUAUAUGGGAAUGGUGGAGGUUGGAGAUAAUAGCUUUUACCUUGGCUUACCUUGUAUUUUGGGACGCAAUAAGAAAGCUAUUCUCAGUUUUUUACAAGAAAAGAUGAAAAAGAAGAUUUUUACUUGGGAGAGUCGUUUCUUGUCAAAAGCGGGGAAGGAAGUUUUAUUGAAGUCAGUUGCUCAAGCGUUGCCUUGCUAUGCCAUGAGCGUAUUUUUAUUAACAAAGGAGAUCUGUUCUAAUCUUGAAGGCAUGAUGGCAAAGUUCUGGUGGAAAUCUCAAUCGCGUUCGGGUUCGAAGGGUGUAAAUUGGAUAAGUUGGAAACGAUUGAGUAGACAUAAGACUGAUGGAGGGAUGGGUUUCAGGGAUCUUCGAGACUAUAAUCUUUCUUUCCUUGGUAAACAAGGGUGGCGGUUGUUGACUAAUGAAGACUCUUUGGUAAGCAAGAUAUACAAAGCUCGGUAUUAUCCUUCUGGUAGUUUUCUUAAUGCUACCUUGGGACAAAACCCAAGCUUUAUUUGGAAGAGUAUUUUGGAAGCACAGGGACUAGUUAAGGCUGGUGUAAGAAAGUCUAUUGGCAAUGGAGAUAAUGUAAGCAUUUUGUUGGAUCCAUGGCUUCCUGACCCUUCUAAUCCCUUUGUAUUAUCUGAUCAUCUUGGCUUAGUGAAUCAAAAGGUGUCUAGCUUAUUCUCGAUGCAAUCUAAGAGUUGGGACCAUGAUGUUAUCAAUGAUCUAUUUGAUGAGAGGGAUAAGAAUCUUGUGCUGUCAAUACAAUUGAGUGUACAUGCUACGGCUGAUAGGUGGUGUUGGAAUGAAGAAACCAAUGGCAUUUACACUGUCAAGAGUGCUUACCGACUGCUACAGCAGGAUUCUGGUGCGCAUGUUUCGGUUGAAGAUCAAAAAAUGUUCAAGGCUAUAUGGCAGUUGGAAGUUCCUCCAAAAGUGCAGCAAUUCAUGUGGCGUGUGCUAGUUGGUUGUCUCCCAACUAAGGUUCAACUUAGCACCAAAAAGUUUUCUGCAUUAACUGAGCAACAGUCGGCUGCUGUGGUUAAUGAAGCAGCGUGUAUCAGUUGGAAGAUUUGGUAUGUUCGUAAUGAGCUUCUAUGGAAUAACAAAACUUGUUCUGCAUUGGAUGUGGUCCGAUCGGCUAGGAUGGUGCUUAACCAAUAUUGUACUGCUCAAACUCAAAAGACGGGGGCAUUGUUGAUUGAUGAUAUCAAUAAUGUAGAUGAGCGGUGGAAGAAACCAAUUUCUCAUAUGGUUAAGAUUAAUGUUGAUGGGGCUAUUUUUCAAGAACAAAAUAAGUUUGGCUUUGGGUGUGUGGCCCGAGAUACGAAUGGAAUGCUCCUUGAAGCUAUUUCUGCCUCUCGAUUUGGGGUGGUUAAACCUGAGAUCGCCGAGACAAUUGGCAUUAAGGAGUCCUUGAGUUGGAUAGAAAGAAAACAAUGGUCCAGUGUAGUAAUUGAAACUGACGCUUUGGUGGUGGUACAAGCUAUUAAUAGCUCAAUUUUAAUGCCUUCUCAGUUUGGAUUACUUGUUGGGGAUUGUCGAGCUUUACUUUCGUCUUUGAAUAAUGUUUCUUUAAAGUUUGUUAAACGAUCUGCAAAUAGGGCUGCUCAUUGUCUUGCUAGAGAGUCUUGUUUUUCGUCAGAUUGUGUUUUUAAUCAGCAUAAUGUCUCUGCUGGUUUCAAGUCUAUUGUAAUGGCUGAAAGUGUUUAA